UCAAUAGCCCUUACUUUGCGCUACUUUGGAAAACGAACAUAUAUAUAUCUUCGAAGAAAAUGUAAUUUUCCCUUGCCCAGUUUGUCAACUUUGAACAGAUGGAUCACCAAUAUAAAUAUACGUAAAGGGUUUUUUGACGAAAUUUUCCGUUUAAUGGAAGUUGCUGGUGAAACUAAGGAAACACAUGAAAAGGUUGCAGUUUUGAUGUAUGAUGAGAUGAAAGUGAAGGAAACAUACGAAUAUGACCAGAAAAAUGAUCAGGUUAUAGGACCUCACAAACAAAUGCAGGUUAUUGUAUUAAGAGGACUGUUCUCUAAUUGGAAACAGCCAAUUUUCAUCGAUUUUGAUACAACCAUUUCAAAAGAAAUUGUAUUUAAGGCCAUAACUAAAGCUCGCGCCUCUGGUUAUGAUGUAGUAGCAUGUGUAUCAGAUAUGGGUGGGGGAAACUAUGGUUUAUGGAACAAACUGAAUGUUACCAUUGAAAAGCCAUGGUUUGAAAAUCCUGCAGACAAAACCAAAAAAGUUUUUUUCUUUGCCGAUACCCCUCAUGUACUGAAACUAUUGCGGAACUGGUUCCUAGAUACGGGAUUUGUGUUAAACAAUAAUGUCCAUGUUGAUAAAACACCAAUACGUGCCCUUAUUGAACUGGAUUCCAACGAGCUUAAAGUUUGCCAUAAGCUCGACAAGCAUCAUUUAGAGUGCGUAGGAGCUGAAAGGCAAAAUGUAAGAUUGGCCGCUCAACUUUUUUCAAACACGACUGCCAAGGCAUUGGAAUUAUACAAACCUGUCAAUGACGUAAACCUUAUACGUAAUUUAUCAGCCUUUAUUGCUUCCGUUAACGAUUGGUUUGACGUAAUGAAUACGUAUGUACCACAGCAAUCAUUGCAGACCUCACAAUGUGGGUAUGGUCUUUAUGAAGUGGAGCAAAAUAAAUGUCUGGAUGACAUGUUCACGAUUGUAGAGACAAUGCGUUGUCCAGGAAAGAACACCAUGUUACCUUUUCAGAAAGGUAUUUUGAUAUCAAUAAAUGCUAUUAAAGGCCUCUUAGAUUAUGUUCGACAGGAAUUCCAGAUGGAAUACCUAUUAACUCACCGGCUAAAUCAAGAUACCUUGGAAAAUUUAUUUUCCCAGAUAAGAACAAGAGGAGGCUUAAAUGACCACCCAACCCCCCUGAAUGUUAUUUACCGAGUAAGGAUGAUAAUUUUUGGAAAAAAACCCUGGAAUUGUACAAAGCCAUUUGAAUACCACCGAUUUAUCAGAAAGUGAGUUCAUAGUUGCGAAUGUACUUAAGAAACUGGACAUAAAUAGGGUGUGUGACAAUGAUAAAACGCAAGAAAGAAUGGACAUAAAGAAUAAUGAAGAAGAAAACGAAAUCACUGAAUGUCCAGAUAUCGUUGAAGGAGCUCAAAAUUAUCUCGCUGGAUGGGUAGCAAAGAAGCAUUUGAAGAAAUACCCGUUCCUAGGAGAUUAUACAUACAAAAGUGAAUCUUCGCCAGCAAACGAGCGCUCCUGGAUUCGACAUUUGUCAAAGGGUGGACUGGUGGAGCCUUCUGAACAAUGGAUACAAAUUAGUCAAGUGUGUGAGCAGGAGUUCAAUAUAUUUCAUGGAGAAAAACGAAUAAAGAAAGACAUAAAUAUAGUUAAGGAUUUAGUAGCUAAAGUGUCCCAAAAAGUAGAACAUUUUCCUUUGGAGGUUAUUACAUCAUACAUUAAAAUGAGAACAAUUAUCAGAAUGAAAGACUUAAACCUUAAUCUUUGUGCCACAAAAUUCAAGAAAAGACAAGGAGACGUUGAUUUAGAAAAACGAAAGCGAAUAAAAAAGUGA